AUGAAGAUCGAAGUGCAAAGCAAGAAAUUGAUCAAGCCAUCGGCUCCGACACCGAACCACAGUCGAAAGCUAAACAUUUCAGGUAUUGAUGAGAUUAUGUCUUCACUGUACCAUGGUUUCCUUUUCUACUACCAGGCCAACGGCGAAAACCAUGAAGACGAUAUUUGCCAAAGGCUUCGCCUUUUGGAGGAGUCGCUUUCGGAUACCCUGAUGAUCUUCUACCCUCUAGCUGGUCGGUACGUCGAGGAAGAGCUCUUUAUCGACUGUAACGACCAAGGAGUAGAAUUUGUGCAUGCCAAAGUGAAUGGCCAGCUCGAUCAGCUCCUCCAUGGAGAAUUUGACACAGACCUGCUUGGCCGUUUGUCCGAGUUCCGAGUGGGACCAGCCGGCAAUCCCCUAGUCGUGAUUCAAGUGAAUGUGUUCGAGUGUGGGGGACUUGUGAUCAGCCUGCGCUCUUGUCACAAGUUAGGCGACAUGGCCGCCAUGGCGACAUUCAUGAACUCAUGGGCAACCGCGUGCAGGAGCGGAAUCCGCGAAUUAGCCUCACCUUAUUUCCAGAUGUCCUCUCUAUUCCCGGUGAAGAGGUCGGGGGUAUUUAUUAACCCUCCACUUCUUGCUGGAGUAAAACUCACGAUGAAUCGGUUCUUGUUCAGUGGUGCGGCCCUAUCGAGAUUGAAAUUAGCUGGCCCUAAAAAUAUGAGGAUAUCAAGAGUGGAGGCUGUGUCCGCACUGUUAUGUAAGGCAUUCGUAACUAUGGAUCGAGCGAAACACGGGCGCCUAAGGCCCCUUGUCGUUUACCAGAACUUGAACUUGCGUGGGAGAGUCAAUCUACCCAUACCGACAAAUGCGUUCGGUAACGUCAUCACCAAGGUCGUCGCCCGACACACGAUGAGUCAGAGCAGCCUGGAUUUCGAAGCGUUUUUGAAGAUGAUCCACGGUAUGUUUGCGAAUGUGAAGGCAAGGUUCGCAGCCAUAGCCGACACAGAGAUGUGUAUGGAUAUGGUGAAGGAUUCUGUAAGAGAAUACGAGGAGGGGAUGAACAGUGAGGAAGAGAAUGUGGUGAACUUUACAAGCUGGUGUGGUUUCCCAUUCUACGACAUCGAUUUUGGUUGGGGGAGACCGGACUUGGUGAGCAGCGCAUGCGUGCCUCUCCGCAAGAUUAUUCUCCUUGAUAGUAAAUCUGAGGGUGGAAUCGAUGCAUGGAUCGUACUAAGCCAAGAGGAGAAGGUUCUUCUUGAGCAAGACCCUGACAUUGCUGCUUUUACUUCUUGA